CUGUCAGGUGGAAUGCCGGAAAUUCCUUUUGUUGAUCAUCAAACAUUUGUUUUUCGCCUUCGUCUUAGAACUUUUAAUUACCUGUUUUCUGUUCUUACUUAAUAAUUGAAGCUUGGCGCGUCAACAACAGAGACAUUAGUCGUGCAGGACUGGAGGGUGUCAUAGAGACACCUAGUCAUUGUCUUAUUUGUUGUCGGGCCCGAGGCUGGGCUAACUUUAGCCUAGCUAGCACUGAGUAAAGUCCUGCUAGCUAGCGUUAGCUAGUGUUAACUGUCACUGUUGCUGGCUUAAAAGUCAGCCGUGCACUUUCUUAACUAAUUAAUAAGAAAGGUGUAAACAGAAGCUCAAAAAUCAUGGCAGUUGUCAAUGAAGGUGCCCUGAAGAAAAUGCUGAAGCAAUACAAAUACAGAGACCUGACUGUUCGUGAGAUAACCAAUGUCAUCUCUCAGUACAAGGACUUGAAGCCGGUUAUGGAUGCAUAUGUUUUUAACGAUGGCUCCACAAGAGACCUGAUGAGCUUGACAGGAACUGUCCCAGUGAGCUACAGAGGCAAUGUCUACAACAUCCCAGUGUGUCUGUGGUUGUUGGACACAUAUCCCUACAACCCUCCCAUAUGUUUUGUCAAACCUACCAGUGCAAUGAUGAUCAAAACUGGCAAGCACAUUGAUGCCAAUGGCAAGAUCUACCUGCCUUAUCUACAUGAGUGGAAGCAUCCUCAGUCAGACCUGUAUGGUCUGAUUCAGGUGAUGAUUGUGGUUUUUGGAGAGGAGCCUCCUGUCUUUUCUCGCCCCACCACACAGGCGCCCUACCAAGCGUUCCAAGCAGCCGGACCCCCGAACCCUUCCUAUAUGCCUGGCAUGCCUGCAGUCUCACCCUACGGCCCAAAUCCUAACCCGGGAGGCUAUCCAGGAUAUCAGUACCCAGGUGGCAACUCUUAUCCUGCCACUGCUGGACCUGCACACUACCCCACCCAGACUCCAGUUUCCACAGUGGGCCCGAGCAGAGAUGGCACCAUUGGCGAGGACACCAUCCGUGCAUCUCUGAUAUCCGCUGUGAGUGAUAAGCUUCGCUGGAGAAUGAAGGAGGAGAUGGACAGAGCUCAGGCGGAGCUGGACGCCCUGAAGCGAACAGAGGAGGAUCUGAAGAAAGGACAUCAGAAACUGGAGGAGAUGGUCUCAAGACUGGACCAGGAAGUGUCUGAGGUCGACAGGAAUAUUGAGCUGCUGAAGAGAAAGGACGAAGAGCUGAGUGAGGCCUUAGAGAAGAUGGAGAACCAGUCAGAGAACAAUGACAUUGACGACGUCAUCGUGCCCACAGCUCCGCUAUACAAACAGAUUCUGAACCUGUACGCCGAAGAAAACGCAAUUGAAGACACUAUUUUCUACCUGGGAGAGGCCCUCCGUAGAGGCGUCAUAGACCUGGAGGUUUUUCUUAAGCAUGUACGUCUUCUGUCCAGGAAGCAGUUCCAGCUUCGUGCCCUCAUGCAGAAAGCCCGCAAGACUGCUGGCCUUAGUGACCUCUACUGACCCUCACUGACUAGCAGGAAACAUUCAUAUCUUCAUGCUUUCUUACUCUUCUCUUCCUCCUCUGUUUUAUUCUCCUUUUAAUGUCUUCUUGUAGCUCUCUUUUUAUUCUCCAUAAGAUCUGUUGUUGUGAGACAGAAAUCUGAACAACAGAAAAUGAUUAAAAAUACAGCAUUCAAAAAAGAAUGGACUGUCCUGUGUAGCCACAGUUCUCAUCGGACAUCAUUUGUAUUUUGAUCUGACUAAAUAGUUGACAUCAUUAUGCAUUAACAACCCAUUAGCAAGACAUGGCUCUAUUAUUUUUGUGCUCCAGUUUUAAACAAAACCCACUGUGACCACAUUGUAAGCCAGGUACUGCGGUUGACGCAAAAACAUGCGCAACAAACAUGCCAUAGUGGUAAAAAUGAACUGGGAGCCCUUUCUGUGUGUGUCCAUUUUGUGAAUGUUUGUGGUGUAGCUGGGUUGGAGUACAGUGUAUAUGUUGCACUGCAGGGCAGCCUGCAGGUUCUGUUUGCAAUCCCUUUGCUAGACAAAGUCAUUUGGCUAGUAAGCACAAAUUGUUUGGGGCUAGUAGAGAGGGGCUCCAUAUGUCCAUUCGACUCAUAAUGAAAAGGUUACGCUCUGAUAUAAAUACCCAGGGCAACCUUUCAGGAGGGACAGGGGGUUCAGCCUCAGGAUUUAAUGCUGUCUGGGUUGUGUUCAGUAGCCAUUGGGGUCAAAGGUAUCACUUUUCAUACAGUACAGGUGAUGAUGAACAUUGAAAUGAACUGUGAGCCUUUUAAAGGGUUAAAUUAAGAGCUCCUCUGCCACCUGACCACACUAUUUCUAUUUCCUGUUUCCCUGUGUUUCUUUACAAGGGUGUGAGUGAGGUUCUUUGUGUCAGCUGCUCAGGUCUGCCCUCCAGUCUGACUGCAUUAACCAGUCAAUCAUGUAUUCUGUACAGUCUCUGUUGUAUGCCAGUCUUGACAUACUUUAUUCUAUCACAAAGUAAUCUUACUUUUCUGUUCUCCUUGUGCUGUCCACUUAUUCUCAGUCCUGCUGAGAGGUGUAGGUUUUCAGUAAACACGAGGAAAAAGUUGUGAAUAGAGCCGGAGUGUUGGAGGGUACAAAAAAGUACUAAUCACAAAGUUAACUUAUGUAAAGUUUAAAAACAGGUUUCAUUUAAAUUAGCCUUUACUAAAUGCACUUUGAAUUGUAUGAUAGAGUAUCUGCUGUUAUUUUCUUGUUUCCAAUUCAACCAUAGACCACCUGUUCUUUUAUAUCUGUAGAUUUAUGUAAAUCAGGACAAAUAAAAGAAAUCUGAUUUAA